AUGGCCACGCCAAGUCCAGCUGGAGACGCGGAUUUGCCUGUGUCCCCUGGUCACGGUGGUCAAGGAGGAGAUACACCAAGUGAUACGCCAAUGGCGAUGCCUGCACCAGAAGGAGUUGCAGGAGGAUCCCUUCAGGCCCUGAUAGGGAACCUGUCGGCAGCAGCGCAAGCUUUGGCGAGUGCUGCAGGUACAGGAAGUACCAGAAGUUACGACUCUGCAGCUAAGCUGGUGAAGAGUCCGGAUGUGUUCGCUCCAAAGAGUUUGGAGGAGGAAGUUUCACAGUGGCCAGACUGGAGUUUCAGUUUCAAAGUGUUUGUGGGCUUCAUUGAUCCCACUUAUGCAGAAGAGUUGAAGAAAGUGGAGCUGGCACCACCAAAUCCAGCAGAUUAUACAGUUGGUGAAAGAGAGAGAAGUACAAAGCUGUAUGCGAUUUUGGCCUCGUAUCUUAGGAACAGGCCAUUGAAGUUAUUGAAGUCAGAAGGAAGUCCAGAUGGAUAUUCUGUCUGGAGGAGACUGUUUGAAGAGUUGGAGCCGUCAAGCCGAACAAGAGGGCUGGCAAUGGCUCAAGCUCUAGUGAGCUUUCCCCAGAUGACGAAGGGGACUUCUAUCUUAGACUAUCUGCUUACCUACGAAAAACUGGUUGCGGAAUACGAAAAACUGUCCGAAGGAAAACCAUACGAUGAGAAUUUGAAAAUCGGAACAGUACUCAAUGGGUUGCCAAAUGAGUUGAGGAAGCAUAUCCUGAUAGGGUUGACCCCUACGACGAAGUACGCAGACAUCAGGAAGAAGUUGCUUGGGUAUGAAAGGAGUACCCAAUCGUGGAAUGCGGAGAACAUUUUGCAGUCUUUCAACAUGGAAAGCGCAACGAAGAGAAAAGACAAAGGGAAAGGAUACGACAACAAAGGAAAAGGAGGAAAAGGAAAAGGAUACGACAACAAAGGAAAAGGAGGAAAAGGAAAAGGGUACAACAACAAAGGAAAAGGAAAAGGAAAAGGAUACGACAACAAAGGAAAAGGAAAAGGUGGUUAUAGAAAUGCACGAGCAGUGGACGCUGGUGGCUACGGGAAAGGGAAGUUCACAGGAGAGUGCCACAUAUGCGGAAAGACAGGACACAAAGCAGCUGAUUGCUGGCAGAAUCAAGGAAAGGGAAAAGGAGGUAAAGGCAAAGUGAGACAGGUAGAAGAGGAAGGAACCCAUCAAGGAGAUCACGAGAAGAGUUCCUCUAGCAAUGCCCCUCCUGCGAAGAAUGAGACUGGUCAAGUGAGGCAGAUCACAGCUGAAGCAGCGCGACAAGCAAGAAGAGUAGAGAUGACACAAGAGUGGAACGAUGAGGAUGAAGAGCUCAACUUUGUGAGAUUGUGUCAAGAGUUUGAAGGUUUGGUUCAAGGAGAGCUGAGAAGAGUUGAGGAGUUUGAUAUCUCUUCGAGCGAUGAAGUGGAAGAGAUCGAGGAGGAACCGACUGAUGGUUUGAUGGAGUGGUACCAAGGAUGGUGGUUCUUGGAAACAGAAGUUGAAAGAAGUGUGAGAAUGGUUUCUGAAGGAGAUGAUGUGAGAAGAACAGCAAGAGAAGUGGAUGCAUGUGAGGUAGUGCUCGACAGUGGAGCUGACUGCCAUGUGUUGCCUAUGGAUUGGGCAGAAGAAGUCGGAGAAACUUCGAACUUUGAGUACCAUCUGAAAGAUGCGCAAGGGAAAGUGAUCCCAACGUUGCCUGUGAGGCAGAAUGUGACGUUUGUUUUCACGAAGGAGUCUGGAAAGAAGUUGAAGAUCACUGACAGUGCUGUUUGCGGCAAUGUCACCCAACCUUUGUUUGCGGUAGGAAAGAUGUGGAAGCUAGGUUGGGGUACGGUGAAUGAAGAUGGAAGAUUGUGGUUGAAGAAAGGAAGUGUUCGGAUACCGAUAUACUUCAAAAGGAAUUCCUCAAUGGCGAGGAUGUGUAUACGGAGACUUGAAGGAGAAGAGAUGACGGUGCAGCCUGUGAGGCUGGAGCGAGAACUGAAGAAUGAGUUGAAGAGCAAAGAAGAUGAAGAUGGUUGGUUUGUGCUAAAUGACGGCACACCUGCAAGGUUUGAUUGGUUUAUGGGGAAGACGUUUGACCCAACGGGUCAGUUCCCUAACAGACUCUAUGAGAGAGCAGGAGAUGAAGGCGACUAUUUUCCUUAUAGGACAACCUUGCUAGGAAAGAUGAAAAGAAGUGGAGAAAGAGUGUUGAAUGAAGUGGAUUGGAAGAGUAUGGACUUCUUUGAGUGUACGGAGAUCUGGAAGGAUCGCGAAAGAGUGCAACUUGGGGCGAGUCCUCAAGCAAGGUUUGAGGUGAUGGUCACCUUGUUGGAAAAGGGAUUGAAGGAACCGAGUGACUAUGGGUUGCUCACGAACUUGGAAGAGCUUGAAAGAGAACUGGCACAAGAAGGAGUGCCAAUGGAGGUCACAGGAACCUCCUCAGGUUCGAAAGACAAAAAGGAAAGUGAGAAAGAGGAACCGAAGAGAGGAGUUCCGGUGAUCGGUGAAGAUGAAGAAGAAGUGAUGGUGAUUGGACCGAUAAAGUUGACGCGCCAGAGUGAGUUGAAGGAGAUGAAAGCGGCGUGCAAGUAUCUGCAUAUCUCGAAGAAUGGAUCGAAAGAGAUUUUGUGGAAAAGAUUGAAGAAAGAGGUUGCGCUGAGCAAAGUGAAAGCGCAAGCCCAAAUCUCUGAAGAUAUCAGAAAGGAGUUUGAGAGAGAGCCGAUUCCAGAGGCUCUGCCUGCUUUGCCGAGCCCGGAAGAGAUUGAAGCACAUGAGUUGACGCAUUUGCCGAGAGCGCCCUGGUGUGAAGCAUGCCAGGCAGCAAAGAGCAGAGAAGACAACUUUGAAGAGACGAAGGAGAAAGCGCAACGGCCCGUGUUUAGCUUGGACUUUAUGUUCACAGGAACACAAGGAGAUGAAAAGGAGAGAGAUCCGCUUGCUAUUCAGCUUGCGGGUGUUGACAAUGACACGAAGUUCCUGAUAGCUAUUGCGGUACCAACGAAAAGAGGAGAUGCGGUGAUAAACCACGCAGUGAGUGAAGUGGUAAGAGUGUUAGCCCUUUUGGGUUACGCUGAAGUGGUGAUUAGAACGGACACCGAGCCAGUGAUGAUUGCCAUAAGGAGAGGAGUUCAAGUGGCAAGAACGAAACAAGGUUUGAAGACGGAGUUGCAAGAUGCCACACCUGAUGAACAUCAAGGGUUGCCUGUGGAAAGGUAUAUCCAAACUGUGAGGAACCUUGCAAAGACGUUGUUGGCGACGGUUGAGCAACGAAGUGGAACGGCCAUCGGAUCUGAUGUCCCGCUUUAUAGCUGGGCGUACAGACAUGCAGCAUGGCUGCAUAACAGGUUUCAUGUAGGAAGAGAUGGCAGAACUGCGUUUGAAGCAACAGUGGACCGAACGUACAAAGGGAAGUUGGCCCCAUUCGGGUCAGCAGUGUUUGGAAAAGCAGUGCCAAAGACCAAGGAGAAGGGAGAACCUUGGGAGAAAGGAGUCUUUCUUGGAAAGGAUUACGCGAGCAAUCUGAACCUGAUUGGCACAGGUAGAGGAGUGAUUAAAGCAAGGACAAUGAGAAGAUGUGCUGAGGCAUAUCAGCCGGAGCUUUUGCAACUUUCGGUUGGAGCUCCAUGGGAUCAUCAGCUGAAGGCUUUGAGGUUUAAGAAGAAGAGAAUUGUGCCUAUUGAUGAUGGGCCAGGACUGCCAAGAUUGGCGGUGGAAGCUGACAAAAGAGUAGAAGAGGAAAAGAGAAGCGAGCCUUCGCCGCCAAGCGACCGUCAAGGAAGCUCAAGUUCUUCUAGUAAGAGUUCGUCGCUGUCUGGAGCAACGCCAGAAGCAAUGGACGACGAGAGCGAUGACGAUGAUGAUGAUCCAGGAGAGGUGAGAACAAAGAGAAAAGCGGAAGAUGAAUUGGUGCCCGAUGAGAUGACGUUGGAAGAGUUUCAAAGAGAAGUUGCAAAGCGGAAUGCAGAAGAAGAAGGAGAAGGGUCACCGAAGAAAGGACCAAGAGCAGACGAAGGAACUGGAGAGGUAGAAGAAAGAGUUGAAAAGGUGCCAAGACUUGGAGACGAAGCACGAGGAAGUGCGGCGCGAGUGGAAUACCACAUUCGGAGAUUCGCCAAGAGCGAGGAUCCCGAAGAGCAUGGAGAUGAGUAUGUUGAUCUCGACGAGACACAGCUGUUUCUGGAAGAAAGUCGAGAGUUCCAGAGCAAGUGGAACGAGAAGGUGUGUGAGACAGAAGAGGACCUAACGGUUACUUGGUCUCACGAGUAUGAUGAUGGGCCACCAAAGUUGGAAGCUGAAGAUUUGGAAAAGGUGGACCUGAAAGCGGAGAGAACAGAAAUCGAGAGACUAUUGGAGAUGAAAGUUCUCAAAGAAGUGGAACUGGAUGAGAAUGGAGAGUUGAAGAAAGGACCGAAUGGAGAAGAACCAAAGAGACUCAGUACAAAGUACGUGUUGGAUUGGAGGCAUAGGGACCUCCAAUGGAAGAGGCGAGCCCGCCUAGUGGCGCGGGAGUACAAGUGGCUGACGGACUACGAUCUCUCAGCGCUAUACUCACCCACGAGUAUUGGUUCGAGCAUCAAGCUGUUAUCAGCUUUGUGUGCGAGUUCAAGAGACUACGAGAUGAUCUCGAUAGACAUUUCGGACGCGUACCUUCAGGUGCCACAGAAGGAGUACACGGUUGUGAGUUUAGGAGGAAAGUGGUACCAGCUGCAGUACACCCUGCCGGGACAACGAACAGGAAGCAGUGAUUGGUUUGAGCACCUACGAGAAAUCCUGGAGAAAGAGAAGAUGGUUUCCGAUGUGGGGUUACCAAGUUUCUUCUACAAGUUUUCAGAGACCCCAGGAGAAGGUGGAACGCUGAUGAGUACACAUGUGGAUGAUUUGGAAGUGUUUGGAAAACCAAAGGAGAACCAAGCAGUGGUUGAUCUGCUGCUGAAGCACAAGUUGAAGAUCAAGCUGGAAGGACCAGUGAAGGUUGGAGAAGGAAAGUGUACUUUCUUGAAGAGGACGUUCUUAGGAACAAAAGAAGGAAUUGAGAUCAGGAUGGACGGCAAGUAUCUUGAGAAGUUGGAAGAGAUUUUAGGUUUGGGAAAAGCCCUGCCAAAGAAGUUGCCGUUUCCAAUGGAUUACGGAAGAUCGUUGAAGGACGACACGCCCUUGGAUGCAGAUGAACAUCAUCUGUACAGAUCCUGUGUGGGAAUCCUAUUGUAUAUGACACCGGAGAGACCUGAUUUGGGAUUCGCUACGAAGUGGUUGUCAGGGAAGUUGGCAGCGCCAACGAGAGGAGACUUAGCAGUGCUUAGGCACGUGGCAAAGUACGUGAAGGCGACAGCCCAUUACGUGAUAGAACACAAAGAGGCAUAUCCUGGAAAGAGUUUUCUGGAUCCAAGUGAUAAGAGAACUGAGGAUGCCUACAAAGAUGUUUUUACGGCGAAGACUUUGAUCGAGGUAGUGACUGACGCUGACUGGGCGACCGAUCGUGAGAAUAGGCAGUCAACGAGCUGCGUGUUGAUUUUCGUGAACAGUAACAUCGUUUACUUUCACGCGAGAAAGCAACAAGCGACGGCUUUGAGCAGCUGCGAAAGCGAACUGGUGGCAGCUGUUGGAGGUUUGAGUGAAGGAGUUUUUCUACAGAACCUGUUGCACAGAGUUCUAGGGAUUAGGCCGGAGAUGGUGAUUAGGAUGGAUUCUAGCAGUGCUAGGUCUAUUCUUCUGAAGAAAGGCCUAGGAAGAACGAGGCACAUUGAUGCAGGACUGCUUUGGGUUCAAAGGCUUACUUCUGUAGGUCUUCAAGUGAAAGCGAUAGCUGGAAAGGAGAACCCUGCGGAUGUAGGGACAAAGGCUUUGUCAAGGAACGCUGUUGUGAAGUGUUUGGAGAGAAUCGGUGUGAAAACUGGAGGAGAGAGUGAAGAGGUCAGGAUAGCAAGUGACUUCAAGAUCCCUACGAAGUAUCUGAGAAGACUGGUGAUGAUGAUGAUGGUUCAGCAAUGUGAUGGACUAAGAGAGCAAAGCAGUAGAAGCAGUGAAGGUGGAAGCUUUGGUUUGGUGAUGAUGGUGAUGAUGAUGACAAUGGUCGUUAUCUUGGUUUGUAACGGUAGCCUGUGGAAGAGUCUGGUUGGAAGUGCUGAAUGCAUGUUUUGUUCCGCCGCUGCCGUUUUUAACUCAAGGAAGGAAGUGAGAAGAAAAGAAGUGAGGAAAAAGGAAGUAGAAAGAAAAAAAGAAGUGAAAAAGAUGGCCGACGACGCGGCCCUCAAGACAAUGAUAAAGGACGAAUGCCGAAGCAUAGAGUCCGUAACCCUCUGCGAAAGAGAGCUCAAAAAGGAACGCGAGAGGAGGUUAACCCUGGAUGCCCUAUGGCCCGAAGUGCAACGCCUCAACCAACAGUUUGAGCCUAAAGAGGCGGCCCCGCCAGAAGCUGCAACGGCGGAGGUUAAAGUGCCUGAAGAGUUCAAGAAAACAGCCGAGGAAUUGGCUGUAAAGGCACAAGGAAGCAAAGGAAGUGCCGAAGGAAGCCAGGCACAGGUUAUGGAAGAUAGAGUGAGUGAACUGAGGCAGAAAGCCUUGGAUGCUUCCGAGAGGCGAAGGGGCCAGAAGGAAAGGGCAAACGAAGCCGCAGAGAAAGCAAAGGAAACAAAAGAAGAAGAAGAGAAAAAGAAAGAGAAAGAAGAAGAGGAGCAUGAAGCCUCUGAGAGCGAGGAGAAAGUGAGCUCGGAGAAAGAAGAGGAAGAGCAAAGCUCCGAAAAGGAAGAAGAGAAAAAGAGAGGCGAGAAGAGAAAGAGAAAAGACUCUGAGUCGAGUGACGAUGAGUACAAAGAGAUUAUGAACAAGCUGGCAAAGAAGUCAGUGCUGGAAGAGGAAAAGAGAGUGCAGGACCUGCUUGGGCAGAUGAGGGUUCUGCAGGAGAAAGUGGAUGAAAAGAGAAAGAAAUUCGCCAUUUAUGGUGAUUUGUACACGUACAAGCAGAAGCAAAAGAAGCUCAAGGAGGAAGAAAGAGACAGAUUGAUUGCAAAAGAGAUAGAGGUAAAGGAGGAGCUGAAGCGGGUAGCGGACGAAGCGUUCGUUGCCAAGGAGUCCAUAGAGAAACAACUGGACAAACUGAGAGCCGAAGAGGAAGAGCAGGAAACGGAGGCUACAUUGAUAAUGGACGAGGAGUCCGCCCUGCAGAAAGAAAUGGACCGGGUAAGACCGAAACUCCAUGCUGCACUGGAGGAGUUGAAAGCGAAAAGGAAGGAACUACAGGUUCCAGCGGGUGGACUGCUUCAGGGCGAAGCUGAGCAAAAGCUGGAAGAGAUGGAGCGCAAGAGGAUCAAAGAGAUGAAAGAGCUCCAAGAGACAAAAGAAAGGGAGAUCAAAGAAGAGAUAGACAAGAAGGAAAAAGAAAUCACAGAGCUGAAAGAGGCAAAGGACAAAGAGAUUGGAGAACUUAAUGAAGAAGUUCGAAAAUUGAAGAAGCGCAAAAGCAGUGCUGGGUCAACGCAAGGCCAGCCGAACGAGGACGCAGAGAAGAUGAAAGAAGAGCGCCGGAAGAUGCGCGAAACCAUAAAGGAGCUAGGAAAGAACAACAAGGCCCUCGAAGAUGAGCUCCAAGCGCUUAAAGAGGAAGGAAGAAUCAACGAAGAUCCUGAUGCGCAAAGCCAGGCAAUGGUAUGCGCAGUAUGUUCGCGUUUCGGACAUGGUUCCGAAACGUGUUGGGAUGCUGAUUACAAUUAUAUUGCCUCAGGGCAGUAUGCCCCAAAGAUGCAAAGGGAAGAAAUGAGUAAGGAACAGUUCCAAUCCUGGUACAAGAGGAAUGAGUUGAUAAUCCGAAGAGCAUACGCGAACAGGUUGGAGACAAACAAGAAAAAGUACCGCACUGACAAUGCGGAAAAGGGCAAAGGAAAGAAAGCCCAGCAAAAGAGCGGCUAA